CAUAUUUGUGUACAUCAUGGCGGCGAAAAUGAAACUAUGUUGGUGCUUGUCCAAACGCAUAAUGAUUUUUUCGGUUCUUUGGUAUUUGAUCGCAUUAACUAAUGUUUCUUACGUUCAGUCAGCAACCCAACCACCGACUACACUUGUAACUAAUGCAACUACAGACCCACCAACCACAACGCCUGACCCAACGACUACAACAACUCUGCCUCCAACGACAACUAUCGCUCCGGAUGAACCAAGAACUGUUAUAGGCGAUACCGAUAUUGGUCAGUGUCUCUGUGAUCUGACAGGAAAUGAGUGCGAUGUCAAUUGUUGCUGUGAUGAAGAUUGUACAGAUACUGAUACAUUUGCAUUCCGAUGUGACCGAAGAUCUAUUACCAUUGAUGACAAGUUAUGUUUCCAGGACACGGUGUUUCCGUUUUCAAACUCCCCUGCUACAACAACAACAGAUGGAGGGCUCUUCUGUAUUUACUAUGACAACUAUAUCUAUUCAUAUGUGGAUAAAAGAUUGUACAACAAAGAGAGAAACUACUACUUGGAUCCUGACUUCAUCCUAGACAUUCCAUCAUUCAAUAAUUAUGUGAACACAUACGCCAACCCAGGUCUGCAAGCACCAGUCAGAUUUGAUGAACCAGUCUUCGAUCUCAACAGUUUCUACAGAAAAGGGGAUACAGUAUAUAUUGUGUACCCAAAUGAAGCACGAGGGACAUUUGUUCUGCCGGCACCAUCUGUAUCAAAUCAGUGCAACGAUCAGAACACUAUCGGAUAUCUGAAUGAAAUAAACACCGAGUGCACAAGAACUUUAACCACCUUAGAUAGUAAUACUUGUACAACCACAGCAGCACUAUCUGCCAGCUCUUACUACCAGAACUUCAGAGUUGUAAAGACCUCUGGUCUGUUUGGUUAUGUUGUGAAUGGAACAUUUAUUGGUAUAUCCACAACAACCCAGCCUCCACCCACAACGACUCCGGGCACCAAUCCACCAACAACACCAGCAAGUAAUACAACCGACAACAGUACCACUGUUGCCGCAACAACGUCAACAACAACUUCCACAACACCUGCUCCUACCACCACUGCUCUACCAACAACUGUUGAUCCAAGUCUCAUACAGACAUUGUACAACAACCCAUAUACGCUAGAAAUAAACACCACGGCUUUGCCCCAUUUGUGUGUUCAAACAAACGGCUCACUUGAUGAUUGCACAUUCGCUAAUGUACCAGAUGCAACUUUUAAUGCUGGGACUUGUUCAAAUGUUGUUCAGGAGGUACGCUACUUCAUAACAACUGACGGAACAAAUGGGAUUGCUGAAAUGGGAGUUCAGUUUGUCUUUAGAAAUAUCACAGCGGCAGACAAUACUUACGCACAAAGGUUCAGUGUCUCCUAUAAUUCUUUGACAGACAGUAAUGAAACAUUUGCUAGAAGUGGAAACCCUGGAUAUCUGAUUGGAAAACCAUUGUUGUAUGGCACACUCAAUGUUACAACAUCACCAACAAACGUCGAAACCCAGGAGAUUAUUAUUGCCACUGAGCCUAGCCUAGGUUUGACAGUGGUCCGAUCUUCAGCAACGGGGUUUUGUGCUCCUACCAACUCGAGAACUCCUGUAAAGUUUGGAGAGAAUAUGCGCACUGGAUGCCUUAUUACAUUGAAUCUUAAUACAAUAGACACUGCUACUUGCCGAAAUAUACAGAGAACCAUUGUGGAAACUUUAGAAGGUCCGAAUGUUCCAAGCUUAAACCAGGACGAGACAGCUUGGGUGGAGAACAAUCGUUACGUUGCUACAUUUGGCAACACUGGAAGGUUAAAGGUCGGUGACUGGGUCAAGGUCAUAGCAAGCGAUAGACCUUUACCUACAGAUGCUGAGUUUGUAGGCACCAACACAUGCAGGCUAAGAAUGGGUUUACAUAUACAAGUUCUGUAUGCCAAUGUCGGGGCACUUGCAAACCCCCAGGCCAAGAUCAUUGGUGUUGCUCUUCUUUAUGACAGUGAACAAAGUGUUAAAUUCAGGUGUGAAGGAUCAUUUUGCCAGCCUGCCACUCAGACGCUUACACAAUCAUUUGAAGUGAGCCAGACUGUGUCCUUCGUUGACGUGUCGCAGCCAGCGACCAAGUUUGCUGGGGAGGCACCGAUCUUUAUAGCUCGUAUUCCCAAUGAUUUCUUCUAUCCCUUCCUAUACUACACAAGUGGAUCUACAAACAUUGCUCAACAAGUUGUACCAGUGAUAUUUAUAGCCCUCGUGACAAUAUUUAUAAAUGUUAAACAGUUCCUAUGGCGAUAGUUUUACGUCAUUGAAUCUCUAGGCAAAUUGUGAUAUUCUGUAGCAUAAAAGACUUCAGUUUACUGAAAUUAGGAAUUUAGCAACAUUGAAGUUAGCAUUUAUUUUCAUGAAAAUGCAGAAGCAAUUUUAAAGGCUGGUCGGUACUGAUUUCAUUUGUGUGUCUUUAUAUGGAAAACAGUUUUUUUUAUAAUCUACAAUAUGCAAAAAUAUUGAUAGUUUAUUUGAAAUUAAAACGUCUAAUUUACAAACAAAAUCCCAAUAUAUUUUACAGUGGUUAUAUUCUAAAAGAA